ACGGCAUCACUGGAGUCCGCGCUGCCGCACCGCGCCGCACACGCAGUGCCGCGCGGCCCAAGGCGAGCUCAGCCGAGGGAGGCAGCGCGCGGCGCAGCGCAGCCGGACGACGGCGGGGCGGCGGCGGCGGCGGCGGCGGCGUCAGAAGCAGCGGCCGCGGCAGUUGUAGCCGCUGCGGCAGCAACGGCGGCGGCGGCGGCGGCGGCUGCGCAAGGAGCUCUCCCGCUCCCCUGCUCGCGCGCCGUCCCCGGGGCACGCGGACUCGGCGGCUGAGGAGGCUGAGGCGCCCGCAGCCGCGCAGCGCCCCUCACCUGCGCAGCCCUCCCCUCUUCUCCGUCCCGGGCCACUCACCGGCGACACGCCGCGCUCAUCCGCCCCCCCAGGCCGCGGUGCCGGCGCCGGCGCCGCAGCCGCCAGGGCAGGCCCGCGAGGGAAGCCGGCCCGAGAGGAACGCGCCGCCGCCGCCGCCGCCGCCGCCCCCGCCAUGGCGCACUCGCCGGUAGCCGUUCAAGUACCCGGGAUGCAGGCAGGAGCCUCGGCCUCAUCUUCCUGGAACACAAAUCAGAGAACUGAUCCCGAAGAGUUGUUCACCAAAUUGGAGCGCAUUGGGAAAGGCUCCUUUGGAGAAGUUUUUAAAGGAAUUGAUAACCGGACCCAGCAAGUGGUUGCUAUAAAAAUCAUAGACCUUGAAGAAGCAGAAGAUGAAAUAGAAGACAUUCAGCAAGAAAUAACUGUUUUAAGUCAAUGUGACAGUUCGUAUGUAACAAAAUACUAUGGAUCAUAUUUAAAGGGCACAAAGCUGUGGAUCAUAAUGGAAUACUUGGGUGGAGGAUCAGCACUGGAUCUUCUUCGAGCUGGCCCAUUUGACGAGUUCCAGAUAGCUACCAUGCUAAAGGAAAUUUUGAAAGGUCUAGACUACCUGCAUUCUGAAAAGAAAAUUCACAGGGACAUAAAAGCUGCCAACGUCUUGUUGUCAGAGCAAGGAGACGUUAAGCUCGCAGACUUUGGAGUUGCUGGCCAGUUGACAGAUACACAGAUUAAAAGGAACACCUUUGUGGGAACCCCAUUCUGGAUGGCCCCUGAAGUUAUUCAGCAAUCUGCCUAUGACUCAAAAGCUGACAUAUGGUCCUUAGGAAUAACUGCUAUUGAAUUAGCCAAAGGAGAGCCACCCAACUCUGACAUGCAUCCCAUGAGAGUUCUUUUCCUGAUUCCAAAAAAUAACCCACCAACUCUAUUGGGAGAUUUUACUAAGCCCUUUAAAGAGUUCACAGAUGCGUGUUUGAACAAGGAUCCAUCAUUUCGUCCAACGGCUAAAGAACUGCUGAAGCACAAAUUCAUUAUUAAAAAUGCCAAGAAGACAUCAUACCUGACAGAACUGAUCGAUCGGUUCAAGAGGUGGAAAGCCGAAGGGCAUAGCGAUGACGAAUCAGAUUCCGACGGCUCUGACUCGGAAUGCAGCAGCAAGGAAAAUAAUUCUCAUCCCGAAUGGACUUUUACUACCGUUCGAAAGAAACCUGAUGCAAAGAAACUCCAGAACGGAACGGAACAAGAUCUUGCCAAAACGCUGAGCUGCUUGUCUACAAUAAUCACACCUGUAUUUGCUGAAUUGAAAGAGCAAGACACAAGUAAUACAAGCAGAACAAAAGCGAUCGAAGAGCUUGAAAAGAGUAUGGCAGUGGCGGAAACUGCCUGUCCUGGAAUUACGGAUAAGAUGGUGAAGAAAUUAAUUGAGAAGUUUCAAAAGUAAGUUUCCUGGGUUUUCCGUUAAUGACUCAUCCUAAGAAACUUCCCAUUAUUGAAUUCAGUUACAUCCAGCUCCAUUGAAAUCCACCCAGACAACUUCAAGCUUGGCAGUGCUUACUUAUUAGCUCAUGAGCUCCCAUGUGCCUUUUGGAUCUUUGCAGCAUACUGAUGGUGAAGGAUUUGGAAGCACCUACUCAACUAUUUUGUGAGGGCGUAUAUGGUUUUAUAUUUUCAGGAGAUGAUUUUGUAAAGAGGUUUUAAUAUCAUAGCAUCAUCUAUGUUUAUUCUGGUAAAUGUUGAGCUCUAGUUUUGCUUUUAGGCAUCAAAUUAUUUUUAAUAGGAUGCGCAAGUUAAUAGUAGGAUUUUGCUCUUUGGUUAACUGUACACUGCUGAGACAUACAGAUCUGUCAUAGCAAUCAUGAGUGAAACUUAUCAGUCAUCCCAAGAAGUUUCCAAAACCAGCUCUUCUCUCUCCUCCCCACCCCCCCCAAGAGACAAACAACGCAACCGUCUCAGCAGGGAGACCGUUCCAGGCAGCGCUCACUUGCGUAGCACCAGGAAAGGCAAAGCGUGAAAAGGCGCACUUGUCCCCGCGUACCCAUUCUGCUUUUGGACCAGGACAAAUGACUACUCACUGAUUCCCCACCCCCCUCAUUUGAGAGCAAUAAUGUAGUAAAGUAGUUUGCAGCUGUUCCAUGUAGUCACAUCAACAGACAUCAUCUUUUGUAGAACAGGCUUUUUUGAGUCAUAUUUUAAGUCUUAUUGUCAAUCACAGCUAGAAACUUAAGAGCAAUACCAUUUAGCCAGGGAAGGCUUUUACAAUACCGAUGGGAAGUGCAGGCUGGUCCAUCUCCCUGAAACAUUCCCAAUGCUUAGGUUCAGGGGGAGCUCAAAGAGGUUGGCUAACACCUCUUCCUCCCCAGGAGCAAUGGCGGGUAUAUGAGCAGAAAUCCCACCAGCAUUAUUUGUGUGUGUGUAUGGGGGUUAAGUUGGCUCGUGAAGUGUUUGUUUUCUCAAUCUGUCCGCAACCAUCAUUUGUUCAUAAUUUCCGAAAGGGUAUAUUUCCUGUUAGUAUGCAAAUAACUGAGUUAGAGGUAUUCUUUCCCCCAAGUAGUCUCCAGUGGAGUAGAGUAAUAUUUUCCCCCCCAAAAAGUAGGUAAGGUGAUACAACUGCUUUUUCGUUAUAUUUAUGGUACUUACGGAUCCAGUAUGUAUAUUAUGCUGAAUUUCAGUACUUGUGGGAUUAUUGGUGUACAUUUAUUUUUUAUAAAGGUUCUGUGUUUCUUGUAUCAUUUGGAUCUGCACAAUCUUGUUUUUGCACAAGUCUUGUUAAGAACCUGCAUAUCCUAUCUGCCAAAUAUAAGGAGGAGGAAGGUGUGAAGGUCUGGGGAGUCAAGUCGCCAGUGGCUUCUUUCUUUUGAUCCGAGACACCCGAGAGUCAGAAAGUGCAGUGUUCUCCUGUAUACCAAGGAUAAGUUCUUUUCAAUGGUGCCUACAGUGUAUAAAAAAAUAUUUUUCAUUCCUUGUUUUCGUGUUCAAGAAAUGAUUCUGUUAAGAUUUUCACCUGCUAUGUAACUGAAACUCAAUUACUUACGAUUUCUAUCUAUAAGUCUGGAGGUCAUUUUUGAAAACAAGAGUGUUCCGGAUUAAAAUAUUUUUGUAUAAGCAACAAGUCAUAUAAACACAGUUAUCUGAAGCUUUACAAAGUUCAACUAGUAACGUGCAUUAUCAGUGUAGUUAAUUAAGUCUUACUAUUUAAAGUGUAUGUUCCUUCACCCUAUUGGGGAGGUUACAAAAAUAAAUAUUUUAAUUCCGUAAACUUC